UUGUUAUGGAUUGUUAUACAAUAUAUUUCAUUGUACCUUUAAUGUGAUAUUUAUAUAGCCAGAAAAGUGAAACUUAAUUGAUGCCUCAGUAGCCCAAAAAAAAAAAAACUUAAAAUGUCAUGAUAAUGCUUUAUUAUAUAGGACCUAAGUCUAAGUGGGUGGACAAUAUUUUGUCUAUACCUUAUAGGUAUUAAUGUGGUCCACUAUCAGUGGUUUCUAAAUAAGGCGUAUGGAAGUUGGCUUUAUCUAGGCAGUGCAUAUUUGUUCUGCUAAAAUUGGAAUAAUAUAUUUUUUUAAUAGUGAGUUACUCCAAAUAGCUUGAUCUGGACUUCAUUUUUUUUUAUUAUAUAUAUUGUCACGACCCAACUAGGGGCCGCGACGGGUACCCGGAGCUAGUUACCGAGCACCGCCCGCUCUACUACUUGUCUUGCUCAUUUAAUACUCUUUUAUCAAUUUUACAUACCAAUUGUAGGAAAAUCAUAUUUAAUCAAAACGUAAAUACUUUAUAUACAUUUGCCUCUCGGCCAUCAAAAUAAUAUACAUACAUAUGAAAACAUCUUGUGAGACCAUCUAACCCACACUGCGUAUCUACGAGCCUCUACUAACAUAAUGAAUACAUAGACGGAACAAGACUCCGUCAUGCCCAAAAUAUGCAUAUAUAAAUGUACAUCAAAAGAAUAGCCAUAAGCACCUCCGAACAAUGGAGUGCUAUCUAUCAGCUGACAGCUACUGAGGACCCUGGCCAAGCUCUCCUCCCUGCCUACCUGUGGGCAUGAACACAGCGUCCGAAGAAAGGACGUCAGUACGAAUAUUGUACCGAGUAUGAGAGGCAUACAUAAUGAAAGGAGACAUCAAUAAUAUGGGAAUAACAUCAACAUGAGACAACUGAAUCUGACUGAUAAUCAUAAAUGAAGUAAUGCAUGCUGUAUUACUCAUCAUCAUAACAUGUAUGCAUCAUAUGCAAGCUGCCCGUCCAUGUCGGAACGGUGUGAUAAUCAAUAAUAUUAGCCCGCGUCCAGGCCUCCCGCGUCCGGGGUACCAUCUCAUGCCGCCCACUAGUGGUGUCUGCCCACGCCCGUAGGUCGUGGUGUAUCCGUAUCGCCGCCCGCCGAAGCGGUGUCUGCCCGGCCAACUAGGCCCGGUGUGAAUGCAAUCAUGACAUGCUUAAUGUAAAUACUCAUAGUAAUAUGCUUAUCAUAAAAUACUUAUCUUAUCAUAAUGCGUAUAUAAGACUCAUGAUCAACUUUACUCUAUCGGGGAUACGUAAGGUUGUGAUCCCCCGAUUACAUUAUGGAACCAUUAUGGACAUUCUGCCUCACCUUGAAAGGACUAGUACAUAAGGUGAGGGUAGGCAAGGAAUAACAUCAUCAUCAUUCUAGUGUCAUCGUGUCGUAUAACUUAUCUCAUAUAGCCAUUCAUAGGUAUAAGCUUUUAACUUCUUAGAAUGUAGGAAGGAAUAGGGAUUCAAGUUAAAAGAUUCAUGCCAUUAGAAAGAAGGACUAGCCUCACAUACCUUGGUCGUUUAGCUAAGAUAUCGCUCACUUGUUCUCCGUCGAUAUCACGUCGUUACCUUCAUAAGAGAAUUUGUAUCAACAUUAGUAAACUAACUACAAGAGCGCAUCGCUAAUUCUAGGAAAAGUCGGACAACGCUUCCUUCUCUCAUACUACUUUUCUCAUGUUCUAUAUCAGCUCCCAAUAUUCAUAAUAUUAUUCGCAAUAUCAUAAUCGACAAUCGUCAUUUACGUAAAUUUGGCAAAAUCCACCAUUUUCCUCCAAUUUCCCUUAUUUCUACUUCUAGCUCAUCCUUGCGUUUUCAUGCAUUUAACGCUUGUUUCAUGAUAUAAACAUCAUUUAUAACGUAUUUGUACUCACAACACUUCAACAUUCGUAAUUCAAUUCCACUAUCAUUCAUUUAUGUCACUAUUCACUCAAUACUGACCCAUUUCUACGUUCUUCUACAUUUCCAGUGUCUAAGCUUUCCAAUACUUCAAACAACAUGGAAUAAUCAUGAAACUUACCUUGGAUGAUGGUGGAACAAUCCUUAAGUUGAAAUACUUCAAUUAGCCAAAACCCUAGUUCCACCUUCUUUGAAAUUUCUUCACUUAGAUGAUCCUUUAUUGUGUUCUUACACUUGAUCUCAUGAAUUCGGUGUUGUUGGUCUUGAUGUUCUUUUGAUUCUUUGGGAUUUCUAUAGAUGAAGUAUGUGGAGAGGUCUAGAAGUUUCUUGAGUUGUGUGGGAGAAAAUGACGUGAAUUGAGGCUUAAGUUCCCUUUUAAUAAUUCAAAAUCUGGUCUUUAAUGAAAAAUUGUCGGGAUGAACAGUGGUCGUAAAUUGCAAUUUACGGACCGUAUUGUGGUUUACGGUCCGUCCUCCAUGGUCGUUUUUAAUCAUCCCAGAAACAGAAAGUUUGGCUGAGGGUUAUGGCAAUUUACGACUGAGGUUUACGGUCCGUAAACCAGUUUACAGGCCGUCCUCCAAGUCAUUUUUAACCAUUUUCACAAUUUACAGAAAGUUGGGAUUUUUGACAAGCUAGAGGACGAUUGCACUACACGGUCCGUAAAUCACUUUACGGGCCGUAUAGUGCCAUAUACGACCACUGGGCUGAAAAAAUUUCCGCGACUUUCUUAUUUCCAAAAAUUCUUAAUUAGCCAUUCCCGACUUAAUAAAACAUCAUUCACUCAAACUCUUCAUCAUUCCACUCAUCAUACAAGUACGGAGAAAUUUCCGAGGUGUAACAUAUAUAAGGUAUGGAGUUUCCAUGGGUAUGCGUACAUCCGGGGCCAGAAGUGUACGAUAUGUUAACACUCCAGGAGAAGCAUCGAUCACAGGCUGUGUGGGAUGGUUCCUUGAGAGGACCGACCGGAUGCCUGUUUCCUCGCCGCACAGAUAUCGAAUUUUGGAAGCACGUGAGGCGUCAUCCUUUUCAUCCUCGCAUCCUUGACUACUUUGGCCUGUGUGGAUUUAGGGGAGUAGUAGAGGUAGGAUGUGUAUCAUAUGAUUGGGCAGUCAUCACUGCACUUAUAGAGAGAUGGCGUCCUGAGACGCACACCUUUCAUCUGCGUACAGGUGAGGCGACCAUCACAUUACAAGAUAUUGAGCUCAGGUUUGGCUUGGUUGUUGAUGGUAAUUCCUUGAAUGAUCUUAAUGCUAGAAACAUAGGUAUUGUUGGCUGGCAACAAUUGAUCCAUGAGCUUACUGGUUGGGCACCCGAUCUGGAUUGUUUUAAUGGUGUUAGUAGGUUAGAAGUACAUAAAUUAAUUGAAUAUAUUAGAGGCUUAGAUGACAUUACAGAUCAGACCCCAGAAAUUGAUAUGCAACAGCGGGUUAGGUUGUACUUGCUAUGGGUUUGUGGCGGCACGAUAUUUCCGGAUAAGUCCGGUGACUUACUUAAUUUAGACUAUUUGCUUGACAUGCGUAACCUUAGAGCAAUGAGUAGACAAGCUUGGGGAGCGGCUGCAUUGUCAUAUUUGUAUACUUGUUUAUGCCUCGCUUCGUUGAGGAAAGCCAAGGAUGUGUGUGGAUUCAUUUCCUUAUUGCAGGUUUGGGCUUGGGAGCGAAUUAUACCGAUGCAGCCACCACCCAGGACCCUUCCGCCACACACGGCUCUUGCACGAAAGUGGAGUCAUCGUAAAGCUCGCGAAAAUGAGGCACGUGUUGUGCUACCCAUAUGUAGGGAUGUAUUGGACAACCUAACAGAUGGUCAGUUUGUGUGGCAGCCUUAUUCAGAUGCCAUCAUUAAUGGACUCCCUGAGUGUCGGCGUGGCCGAGAUAUUUAGAUGGCACACGUUCCCCUUAUUUGUGGGAUCUAUCGAGAGUGGCACAUGGUAGACCGCGUUCUCAGACAGUUCGGUAGGAAGCAACAUAUUCCGGGACCAUGUGCUGAGAUUGAUCCUUUUCAUCACAAACGUGACAAGCGGUAUGCUAUAACAGUGGAGGAUUAACAAAAUUUUGCAGAAACGGACUUUUUAUGGGAAAAUCGUCGACAAAGGGUAAUUCUGGCCGAGUAUGAAACUCAAGACCCCGAGUCAUUAUCAAAGUAUUUUUGUUGGUAUCGACAUCACUCGCGCACUUUCAUAGGAAAUCCUGCGCAUAAAGUAGAUAGAGGAUACCAACACAUGGCAGGCAGGCAUGAGGCACUGGCUUUAGGACAUCAAGAAUCAUACAGGUUGGCUCAGCAGACUAUCCAAGAUCCAACCAAGUCUAAUGAAGUGAAGGAAAUAGCAGAGAUGUUUAGCCACAUUAAUACAGAGUCCAUGGCUGCUGCCUCUUUGGGGACGAUGUUGAGUUUCGCUCCCAAUUAUACACCACCGGCAGAGUAUGGUGAGCCGCCUACAGUGCAAGUGCCUCGUCAUCAACGUCCUAAUGUACCAAGACCUGCGGCGCGUGGUAGAGGACGCCAAUCAGGUAACAGAUGAGGUCGAGGUCCCGUGGAUCACCAGUUGGUUGAUGAGGAAGAGGUUCGCUUUGAUCAAGAUAUGCCCAGAUCAACGAUGCCUGCAGCUGAUGAUGCAUAUUACCCAAUAAUAGAUUUUAUGUCCAGCUCAUCGACGUCUGCUCCCGAGGUUCAAUCACCAGCGGUAAUCAGAAGUAAAGGGCCUUUUCAGGCAUUCGCAUCAUCUGAGCCUAUUAGCCUCGCAGUUAUGGCCCAACAGUUUGGUGUUCAGACAAGCAGCUCUUAUGGGAUGACUGAGGGCCCUUUACCUGCAUUCACUGGACAAAGCUCUUCAAUUGGGAGGAGACUGAGUUUUACCGACUCUCCCAUGGCAUUUGAUGUUGGAUCCUCACACAUUCUUGUGCCGGAUGUACACACUUUAGAGCCACAGGAUGCAGGUGUGAUACAAGAGGAGGUUCACCAACGUAGAUCAAAACAAGAGCGCGGGCAAACUGGGUGUGGCACG